UAUCUUCAGAUGUCUGCUCACUCAGGAGAAAUGAUGCCCAAACCACCGUCACAACAGCAUGAUGCUGUUAAACCUAAAGAUGGGAAUUGCAAGCUCUUUGGUAUACCCCUUAUCAGAAACCCUGUUACAAAGGAGCAAACCAUAUCACAUAGAAGUACAGUGAUUGAGCCAACAGGUCAUAUACAUCUUGAAAUGCACCCAAAAUCUACCUUUGAAUCUGAUCAAAGGUCUGAACAAUCAAAGGGCUCAAAAGUGACCGAAAAUGUGCCUGUUAGUAAUGAGCUGGAGAAACCCUUUCAAACUUGUCAGACACCUGCAAGAGAUGUUCAAGGCAAAGUCCACAGUAGUUCCACCAGGAGUUGUACUAAGGUUCAUAAGCAAGGGAUUGCCCUUGGUAGAUCAGUAGACCUUGCUAAGUUCAGUGACUAUGAUGAAUUGAUUGCUGAAUUAGAUCAAUUGUUUGAGUUUGGUGGUGAACUGAAGGCUUGCAACAAGAAUUGGCUGGUUGUAUAUACUGAUGGUGAGGGUGAUAUGAUGCUUGUUGGAGAUGAUCCAUGGCAGGAAUUUUGUGGCAUCGUUCGCAAGAUCUUCAUCUACACUAGAGAGGAGGUCCAGCGGAUGAACCCAGGGACCCUGAAUUCAAAGGUUGAGGAAAAUUCACUAGUUGCAGAAGACAUGGAUGCAAAGGAGGCGAAGAAUCCGCCUACAACAUCCAGCCCCGAGAAUCAUUAGAUUCCACUGUUAUAUCGAUAGGUUUAUGCUGGAGGCAUCAGAGAAAACUGAGAUCCAUGUGGGCUUUUGAAUUCCGUUAACUCCUGGUUGGCAGGUUUCUCCCUAAAUGAAGCUGCAUUGUUCGGUAGUGGCAAUUUUGUACACUUUCUUGGAGCUGAUGUUGUAUCGACGUCCUAUGUAUAUAUAUAAUUAUAGAUACACCUAUCAUUAGCAAGACGAUGGCUGCCUCGUGCUCCCUACCUUGUAUAGAGUAAUAAUUUAGAACCCUUUACCAAGCUUUGGAUGUGAGUAAGAAGUAAAUACUUUGCGUAAUAUGACUUCUGUUGGCUUCCCAGUUGCAUUCUGACGACUCUCUCGUGGCGGUGUAAACCAGCAAUGGUGAAAUUGGACCCGAAUUAACCUUCUCUUUUCUGGUAUCUAGCAGGAUAAAUGCAAGAUUAGCG